UCAACAGGGGGGCGAGCGGGCAACGAGCGCCAGUCGUGCCGCCGAUCCGACAGACACGCUCGUCUCGAGCUGUUCGCUGCUAAAACAUCCAAAAUAUUCCACCAAACUUGUAUUUUACAUUUGUAACGAAGCGCAAUUAGUACUCAGGUGCUCGCUCGUGCGCGCCGAGUGAAAACAAUACCGUGUGCGCCGCGUAUCAACUGUUCAAACGUACUCAACCCAAAAGCUGGCUUUUAAACAUCAACUGGACCCCUUCAAGUCAAAUUCGUGUGCCGAUGUGAUGUGAGUUAAUUCUAGAUUUUCACCCACAGCGGAAACGGCUUACGUAGACGGCUAGCGGUAAAACGCCGUCCGCGCCGCACGCGAGUUCUUGUUUCAUGUUGGGUAACCGUCGGGUUUCUAAAAAGUGCUUUCGACUCGUUUGAGAACAUACACAAACUUGUAGCGUGAAUUUUCGGGGCCGACGUGCGACGACGAUCGCCCACUUGUGUAUAGCGGCGGAAAAGUUUUGAUACUAGCGCGGUCCCGUUAGAAAGUUGACUAAGUUUGACGGAAUUAUGAACAGUGUUUGAGGGACGGACUCCUCGCAAAACUACGUACGUAUGGACAGUGAAAAGACGGCAAAGUUGAAAUAGUUAGGCGGUGCGGUGGUGUGUGUUUACAAGGGCGCGGGCAGUGCAUGGCGCGAUGAUCAGCGGCGGCUGGGUGUGCGCGCUGCAUGUGCGCACGGCGGGGCUCGGCGGCUCGGCGCUCGGCUCCGACGAGGAGGAGAUCGUCUACCUCGCGUACACCGUCGUAGAUGUGCUCACCAACCAGGUUAUCGGAGAGCGGGAGUACGCGGUGCGGCCGACGCGACGCCCCUCGGAGGAACUGCAGACGGGACAGCCUCUAGACGUAGUUGUACAACAGUUUGAGCAAGGUAUUUAAAAAAUCCAGGUGGACCCGCACUCGCCUCUCUUCAGACUCGUCACAGACGGACAACCUCCGCUCAGACAAUGCCUUCACCCCGAGGCGUGCAGCAAGGAGCUGACGCUGCCUGCGUACUACGCGCGCUUCCACGACCUGAGGAAGGAGUACGUGCGCACGUACACAUUGCGCGCGGUGGCGCCGCCUCGUGCGCAAGCGCCGCCGCCGCCUCCGCCUCCCGACCACCCUACCUCGCUGUUGGAUAUGCUCAACUAUUUAGGUAUAACUCCGUACGCUGGAGAGAAUUUUUACGCAGCUGAAGUUAAAGACAUGACCAGCAUAAUACAAAGGAUAAUAUCAGACGGUUUCCGGUUAGAACUGCCAGAGACCGUGGACUUAGUUUUAGAAACAGGAAUAUGCUCAAAAGACGAUGAAAUAGACGGCAACUGCAUAGUUCGCGCACGAGGUCUGCCGUGGCAGUCUUCCGACCAAGACAUCGCAAAAUUCUUCAGGGGACUCAAUGUUGCAAAGGGUGGAGUAGCUCUCUGCCUGUCACCGCAGGGGCGACGCAACGGCGAGGCGCUGGUGCGGUUCAUCUCACAGGAGCACAGAGACAUGGCGCUCAAGCGGCAUAAGCACCACAUCGGCCCGCGAUACAUAGAGGUGUACCGUGCGAGCGGCGACGACUUCCUCUCGGUAGCUGGUGGAGCGACAUGCGAGGCGGCGGCUUUCCUUUCGCGAGGUGCGCAGGUUAUAGUGCGCAUGCGUGGACUGCCGUACGACGCCACGCCGCAACAAGUUCUGGACUUCUUCACAACGGGAGACGAUCCAGUCCAAGUGUUGGAUGGCGCGGAGGGAGUUCUCUUCGUGCGGAGGGCGGACGGGCGCGCGACUGGAGAUGCGUUCGUCCUCUUUGCCAAGGAGGAGGACGCUCCCAAAGCCCUCUCGAGACAUCGCAAACUCAUUGGCACUAGAUAUAUUGAGCUGUUCAGGUCUACCACAGCUGAAGUGCAGCAGGUACUUAACCGCUCGCUCGAAACGCGUACAAGCCAGAGCAGUACUCCGUCGACGGCGCCGGGAUCGGUCGCCCCCGCGGAGGGGUUGCUCCCCGUGGCCCUUGUCCCCCAACACGUGAUCACGUCCGGCACCGCGAAGGACUGCGUGAGGUUGCGUGGACUGCCGUAUGAGGCCCAGGUGGAACACAUCCUGACAUUCCUGGAGGAGUUUGCCAAAAAUAUAGUUGUUCAAGGAGUCCACAUGGUCUACAAUGCUCAGGGCCACCCCAGCGGCGAGGCGUUCAUCCAGAUGGAUAGCGAGGCGAGCGCGUUCCUGUGCGCGCAGCAGAAGCACCACCGGUACAUGACCUUCGGCAAGAAGCAGCGGUACAUAGAGGUGUUCCAGUGCUCCGGCGACGACAUGAACAUGGUGCUGACCGGCGGCGUGACGCCGGCCACGUCGCCGAAGGUGCUGUCGCCCGGUACGUUGAUGUCCCCCCCGCCCCCCGCGCCCGCGCCCGCGCACCCCGCGCCGCGCCUGCUCGCGCACCACAUCGCGCAGCAGAGCCUGCUCGCGCGCCAGCACGAGAACCUGCUCCUCGCCUCCCUGCGCCCGCCCAUGGUGCCGCUCCUGCCCGCGUACGCGGCGCUGCGCUCCCCCUCGCCGCACCCCCACCCCGCCUCCUACCCCAUCCAGCAGCUGAUGCCGCAGCAGACCAUCCUGCCGACCAAGCGCACGUACGAGCGCGCGUUCACGCCGACGGAGACUACGCCCGCGAAACGUCCCUACACGAUGCCGCAGCAGAUCGCGCCGGGCCUGUCCCUGCCCGUGUUCACUUAUAACGCCACUUCGCCGAUUUUCUCGUACGCGAACUCGACGCCGAUGUUGCCGACGUACGCGAACGCUCUGCCGACCGCGAUCCCGACGGCGCUGCCGACGGACUACGGCGCGGCGCUGUCGGCGCUGCCGGCGUCGAUGAACGCGCAGUACCAGGCCGCGCUGUCCAUGUUCCCCACGUACCCGCUGCUGCCGUGGCGGCUCAACAACUAGACCGCGGCCUAUUUGAAUACUCGGUACCUGAGCUAUUGAAAGGUGAAAAUUCGUGACCUUUUGACUGCGUUGUCACUUCCGUGCCUCACUGAUUCAGAUACGUUCGAUAUGUCGAAUAAUUUUAUUAAACUUGAGACGUUCAGUUAUCGUUAUUUUUAAGCUCAUUAAUUGAUAAAAUCCCUUUAUUUUCUAUACAAUCAUCAAUUGAAACAUUAUUAAUUAUAAGCCAAAUCGAGUCUCAAAUGCCAGAUGAUUGGUCAAUUUUAGUUCCACAUUUCACCACUGUAGGCGCUGCGGUCGCAAACAGCGCAGUACCAACGCAGUCGCUCACAAGAAAGGUUGUGUCCACGCGCCAAGCGGCAGUCGUAACCAAACAGGGUAAAUAAUGACAAAAUAAAAGCUCAAUAACAACCGCGAUGUGCCUUUGACGGAUUUUGAUAUUUUUUUUUCUUAGUAAUAAUAAUGAAUUUAUUAAAGUAAGUUCUAAUCGUGGCAGUUGACAUGCAGCUAUUAGUUAGUACUUAUCGAUUGUUGAUUUAUACACUCUAUGCGUUGUUGAGAUGUCAUUAAGUUUUUAAGUGAAUAUGAAUUAAGAUUUAUAAAGAUAUUUUAUAGGCUUACUUGUGUGAUCAGAUGAUGUUGUGAUUAUAAUGUAAACAUUCCAUGAAAAGACGUGUUUCUGCCAACAAUCCAAGGCUGAGCGAAAGUCUGAAUGAGUACUUAUAUAGGUAUUCGGGACAUUGUAUACUUAAGUAUGACUCGUCAGUACAAUGCACUAAUUAUUAAGUGUUUUUUUAUUUGUUGCGUUUUGCUUCCGCACUGUCUCGUGCUAGGCUUUAGGCUGUAUGAUGCAAUAUUCGUGUUCAGUUCGCAUAGAUAUUAAAUCACGUUUCUAAAGCGUCAUUAUGAAUUUGCUUAUUUUAAUAUGUUAUUUACUAAAUACUUGGUAAGCCAGAUCAUGAAAUCAAAAUGGCAUCAUGACUUUAAUUUGUUUAAAAAUCAUGAUUUAACGGAAAAUAAAUCAAGGUAAAAAUGCAUUCUCGUCUAACAAUUUAUUACAAGCGGACGUUGUUUUUUAGUUUAAGUAAAAUAUAUAAGCUAAGUAUAUUGGCCGAUAAUAUUUUCUAUCAAACCAAAACACAUUGACAAUACGUUAUUCUCGCGUUAAAUUUGGCAUCGAAACAUUCCCACAAAAGGCAUUCCAUUUUCAAAAUUUAAACAUGGCGUUCCAAAUCAUAUUGACAUUCCGUUCGGCAGUUUGGCUUGAGCGUAUGUUGUAAGGUUGGCAUCACACUCCCAAUCCUUUCUCUUCCUUUAAAUCCGUACACAGAAGUCCGUUCACACAUAAUUAUGCAUAUUAUGAUACCCACAUAGCUUAACGUCAUCGUCCUUACCUCACACCACAUAGUUAAUUCAUUUGUCUAUAUUAAAAAUAUAUUUAUAAUACGUAUGUUUGGUAUAUAUGUUUCCGAAUGUUUUGAUAAUCCAUAUCUCGAAUAAAAUUAAGAUAUGAUAUCAAUUACAACGUUCAGUUUGGACUGAUACGAUAUUAAAAUAUUUUUACACUACAAUAUUUUUAUUGCAAAUGACUCGUCUUAAUUUUAUCAUAUUGAGUGAAAUAAUGAAUAAAUGAUUUUCGUUCAAAUAUUCGAGAACAUAUAUUCCAAAUAGGGUUUAAUGAUAACGUAUUAAGAGUAAUACAAAGUUAACGUCAUUGUAUGGUGUUGCUACUGUCUCAAUAAUCACAAACAUAGGUUUAUGGGGCUUUUAGUCACAAAAUACACGGUGUUAUGGCUAAUAUAUGUUCAGAUGUUUCUAAAUCCGUGUGGUGUUGGCAAUUUUUAUAUCGACACACUGUCAGUUUUCAUUACACUUCAAGCCGUCAGUUUUGGUUUAAAAUUCGAAACCACAUCCGAUUUUAUUCGAAAUUUAAAUUUAUAAAUAACGGUAUUUAUUUCCCUGUGCAUUUGUUUGGCUUCUCAAAGAUUUAAUUGCAACUUAAACUCAAUAGCCACAGAAUCUACAAUCCCUCCAAACCUAUAAUUUAGUAACCCAGAUGUGGAUCUAAAGAUUGCCAUAACCACACUGUUAGUAUAAAAUGCAAUGAUGUGUUUAAUGGAAAUAAAAUAAACUGUUGUAAUAUGUAUCCGUGCGGGUUGUGUUAUGGAAAAUGUGCAUGUAACAAUGGUAAGUGUUGCACACGUUUAUGUUUUAAUACUUAAAUAUAUACCAAUAGUGUAGCAUGACUUGCUUUCUGUUAGGGACGGUGGUUGAUCUGUUCUCGUACGGUAAUUGCAAGAAAAAAACGACUUUAAUGUUUGGGCUUGAAGUGCGUUUUUUGACUGUUUUGCAGUUACGAGAGUGGAUAUGUAGUCGUUUUGUGAUUCUAUAGUUAGUGUCGGGUGUAGUGUGGAUUUAAAUCUGGCAGUUGACUGUCAGUCCGAAAUGUCAUACUGACUUGUCAAACCAAACGUUUGCAGUACAGCCGUAAAACUGCCAGCAACUAUACUUGAAGACUGCAAAGAAUCUGUAGUGGUAUAUUGUAAAGGAUUUAACAUGAGGGAUGAGAACAGUUUAAAACAAUAAUUUAAUUUCUAACAAUUUAUAAUCGAUAACAUCUAAUCGAUUGUAGAUAUCACAUUUAUAGCAUCGAUUGUGACAUGGGGCAAUAGCAACUUGCUGUACCACAGGAAACAUUUUGAUCAUUUUUAAUAAGAUAAUAUUCCUUCUUACAUUUUGCAAUUUUUAUAUUUCUUAUGAACUAAUUAAUGCUAUCAUGUUUUCUGAUAUCAUUUAUUGUCUUCUUUUUUAUUAUUCUCUCUUGAUUUCUCUACUUUUCUUUCAAUCAUCAAAAUGCAAUCUUAUACUUGGUAUUUUCGGGUACAACACAAUAAAAAUGUAAGUUUAUGUCCCUUUGAUGCUAGUGACCGUAAAUAAUGAAAUAGACUUCAUGCUCUUCCAAAAAUAAUUAGGAGCCGGACGGCUGUAACAACUUUAACAUUGGAUGCAGAAAUACCAUAUGUCAAGGUAUUUAUGGACAAUACGAUAAAAUCGAUAUCCAAAUUAGUGGGGACUAAGUUAUACUGUGCUAUUAAAUUUAUAAACAAACUACUACCUACGUUUCAUAAAUUAAUAAAUUCGUAUACAGUAUUGUCACGGUUUAAACACGUUCCGGAAUUACACAAUUAAACAGAUUUCAAAAUAAUAAGUGGGGUGCAUUUGUUUACAUUAUUACAAAUCUGUUAAAUACAUUUUAAUUAGUCGAAUUAAGGUUAUUUUUUUACGACCGCGGUUGCCAUCCACCAGCCACUUACUAUCAUUGUCCAUGAUAGUAAGUGAAGUAACGUCCUGCUAGUGUCAACUUACGAGAGGUAUUAACCGUCGCCAGUCGACACAAUUUUGCCGGCCUGUAUGGAUAUCACCGCCUUAACUAUAGAAUCGCUUCCAACGAACCACAUAGCCCGUCCCGCGGAGGUUCUUGCAUGCGUUUUCCGCUUAAACAUUUUCCACAGCACAUCGCGUCGGAUACCUAAUGUAUAUUGUGAAAUGUACACUGAUAGGGGCAGCAUGUUGUAAAAACGGACUUAUCAUGAAGGUGGUAAGACUCAAAACGCAGUCUCCAGUCAUUAAGAGCUUUACUGUUUAGCUUUCCUUCUUUCUAUCUGAGCCAUUCUGUUCGCUUUUGAUUUGGUAUUUCAAUAAAUUUUAGUGUAAACGGGUCUCUGGUCUCUGCUUCUCUUUCUGGGGUGAUAGACAACGGAAGGUUUAUGCGAUGUUUCCGUGAUGCUGAAUAGGGGCGGUUAGAACUGAAUGGACUAUGGGCGUUAUAUUAUCAUCUAUUUAUUUAUGAAUAAAAAAAUCACACGUAAGUAUAACUAAAUCAAUACAUUUCUGUCUUCGUAUUUAUAAAGUCUGGAAGUAUGUGGAUAUUGUUUUUACACUAAAUUUUAUUGAAAUAUCUCAGUGAUUAGUGACUGGGGUCGUGUGGGCGUAGGCGACUUAAAUGUGGGUUGUUCAUGUCAAAUCCGAUAUAACUGGUACUUAUAACCAAUAAAGAUCAUUAAAAUUAUGUUUUUUUUUAAGUGAUAGCUUAUAUUUAGAUAUACAGUUUUGUUACAAACGUAAUGAAUUUUUCUUUUUAUUUUUUAAUUAAUAUAGUUGGCUAAUUUUAGUGUAUUUACUUAAAUAUAAAUAAAUCGAUAAUUUAAAAUCGUUAGAUUGUGA